AUGGCGCGCGAGGUGCAGAUGGCGGACGGCGGCGACGACCCCAAGGCGACGCCCGAGGGAGGGGCGGGCGACGGGCGCGAUGCGAAAGGCGAAGGGCAGACCAGCGCGCCGCAGACGCCGCAGCAAGUUCUGGCAGGUGGGCGGCGCGCGGGGUGCAGCAGGACGGGUGGGAUUCGGGUGGAGGGAGCCUGCGCGGCGUGCGUGGGAGUGGAUGAUUCGUUCGGCAGUUGUGCGU